CUACACUAGGAGCUGUCUUUGGCGUAACGACGUGCCUCAGUGCCCAGAUCCGAGAGGAGCCAGACGAUCCCUUGAACUAUUUCAUAGGAGGCUGUGCAACAGGAGCUGUCUUAGGUGCAAGAGCUCACAGUUACAUGACGGGUACCACUGCGUGUUUGGGGUUUGGAAUUACCGCUGCGCUUUUCAAGAUCGGUAACAAGGAGGGCUGGAGGCUGGCGGGACCUCCCAAGCUGUAA